AUGAAAUUGAUUGAAGAUUGUUUAUCAGUUUUAUGGCUAAAAGUUUACAUGGAAAUUGAUAUGAAAUUAUAUAAAGAAAUUUUUAUUAAACGAUCACUUUUAUUUUUAGAAUCGCUUUAUUUGCCGGCAUCGACUUUAAGACUGAGAAGUGAACUCAAACAAAAAAAAAUAUUAAGUCAAUUCUGUGUUGUUGCUGUUUCUUCUCUCACCGCUCCGAACAAGCGAGCGAUCAACAACAUUCCAGGCCGUUCCAACAAUGCGAUGCCGCAGAAUGCUAGUGCUUUAAAUAAACUUUGUCAUCCAACGACAAGCGAUUAUCAUCAGUUGUUCGUUCAUUCUAAAUGUGAUGCGAUGAUGCGUUAUUUUUCAACCACUGCUGCUACUGCUGCUGCUGCUUCUUGUGUUGUGAUAUGCAUAAAAGCAUAG